UCUUGCCUUCCGUUUGCAGCGCACUGUUAACUCGGCGGUUCCGGAAGGAGGAGGUCCUUUCCAUUGCAGACGCAGCCAUGGCUCGCGGACCCAAGAAGCAUUUAAAGCGCGUCGCAGCACCCAAGCACUGGAUGCUGGAUAAGCUCACUGGAGUCUUUGCGCCACGUCCAUCUACCGGUCCCCACAAACUUCGCGAGUGUCUGCCCCUGAUCAUCUUUCUGAGGAAUAGAUUGAAGUAUGCUUUGACUGGGGAUGAGGUAAAGAAGAUAUGCAUGCAGCGCUUCAUUAAGAUUGAUGGCAAGGUCCGCACAGAUAUCACAUACCCAGCAGGAUUCAUGGAUGUCAUCAGCAUUGACAAGACUGGUGAACACUUCCGUCUGGUGUAUGAUACCAAAGGCCGAUUUGCAGUGCACAGAAUCACAGCUGAAGAGGCUAAGUACAAGCUGUGCAAAGUAAGGAAGACCUGGGUGGGAACUAAAGGCAUCCCUCACUUGGUAACGCAUGAUGCCCGUACCAUCCGUUAUCCAGACCCCCUGAUCAAAGUCAAUGAUACUGUCCAGAUUGACCUUGAAACUGGAAAGAUCACAGACUUCAUUAAGUUUGAUACCGGUAACCUCUGCAUGGUGACUGGAGGUGCCAACUUGGGUCGUAUUGGUGUUAUCACCAACAGAGAGAGACACCCUGGCUCUUUUGAUGUGGUCCAUGUGAAAGAUGCUAACGGAAACAGCUUUGCCACUAGGCUGUCCAACAUUUUCGUCAUUGGCAAAGGAAACAAGCCCUGGAUUUCCUUGCCCCGUGGAAAGGGUAUCCGCCUAACCAUUGCCGAAGAGAGAGACAAGAGGCUGGCAGCCAAGCAAACCAGUGGUUAAACACAUCUCCCCAUUCUUUACAAAAUAAAUCUCUUGUCCAGUAAA